AUGGCUUUCAUCAACCAGCGCUCCCUCCAUCUCGCAGCUAUCGUGAUCCUCCUUGAUAUGCUGCUCAUGCACAAACUCACCCUCGCAAUGCCCGUGGCUAUCCUGGCCCGGGCUUGCUUGGAAAUUGACCUGUCUGUUCCUGCCUCCGUUUCUGGCCCUAGCCUUGCCCUGCCCUCGGCCCGUCACCAAGCCCGCCAGGUGAACCCUUACGGCGGACCAGUCGAUCCGCAGUUAAACGCGGACCGAGAUCACGCCUCGUUAAUUGUCCUCGUCGUGAUCUUGGUCGGUUUGGUGAUUGGCGGUUUCUUCGUGGUGUCCUGGAGACUAGGACUGACGGGUGUGUACGGUGCGUGGUGCCGUGGCUGGCGAGACAAUCUCCGCCAACUGAGUCCCAAGAACAUUUGGGACGCGUGGUGCGCGUACUGGAAAGACCGCACCCGCCAAUGCCGACGCCGCCGGGAGGGCAUUGAACUGCAGCCCUACCCAGGCCCACCACCAAGCGCCCCCUAUCAGCGCCUGGCCUCUCCUGCCCGUCCCGCCCCCGCCCUGAUUCGACUUGGGCCUUUCCAAGUAGGAAGAAGGGUGCUGGGGGCCGGGUAG